CACAGGCCUCCUCUGUCCUGGGGAAGCGACGGAAACUCCUCUAAGCCCUUAUCCCGAGGAAGAUGGGCCAACACUUGACUAAUGAAGAAGGGGAGCAAGUUGAUAUUGAUGCAGCUGAACUGCAGGAAUGGUACAAGAAGUUUGUGGUAGAAUGUCCUAGUGGAACUCUCUUCAUGCAUGAGUUCAAGCAAUUCUUCGGGGUACAGAAUAAUCAAGAAGCAGGAGAUUAUGUGGAGAAUAUGUUCAAGGCUUUUGAUAAGAAUGGGGACAACACCAUUGACUUCUUAGAGUAUGUGGCUGCUCUGAAUCUUGUUUUACGUGGGAAGCUAGAACACAAACUGCGGUGGACGUUCAAAAUGUAUGAUAAGGACGGGAACGGCUGCAUAGAUAAAACUGAACUCUUAGAAAUAGUUGAGUGUAUUUACAAGCUGAAGAAAGUGUGCCAGCCUGAAGAAGAAGCAGGACGCCCCCGUCUUAGUCCUGAGGAAGUUGUGGAUAGGAUAUUUCAAUUAGUGGAUGAGAAUGGAGAUGGGCAGUUGUCUCUGGAUGAAUUCCUUGAUGGGGCACAGAAAGACAAGUGGGUAAUGAAGAUGUUACACGUAGAUAUGAAUGCGGGAGUAUGGAUCAGUGAGCAAAAAAGGAAAAGUGACAUGUUCUAA